AGUUACUCUGCGGUGCAGAAGGAGGAGGAGGGUGGGCAAUCAGCUAAACUAAAGCCAAGAAAGAAAUAUAUACUGGAUUUGUGUUUUUGGUUUUGAUCAAAACAUUUAGUUGCAUGGUGUUUAAAAAAAACCCAACUCUCUUAGGUUGGAGUUUAUAAGUAAAAAAAAAAAAAAAAAAAAACAUGUUUAAAAGCUUAGCGGUGUUACUGGUGUUGUCGAUUACAGGGCUGGAACCCACGUAUAUUCCAUCGAAAGGCAAACAUCUCGAUGCAAGGAUAUUUAGGCACACAGAUGAAGAGGCAGCGGUAAGACCACAACGAGGCAAGUUUGCAGGUGCGUUUCUGAGCUCGCCUGAACAAUUAAACGCCGUUGGACCAGAACCUGUUUUAAAUGCCGAUGCUGAAGCCGAAACAAGGCGCUUGGAAGACGGGAAUCGCCUUCAGUUAAAAGAGAACAUGAUUGUCAGAAGACACCCCCGAGGGGCAAAUGCUGACAAACUUAGUGAGGGUGGGGGGCAACGAGGUCCCCUGCGGUACCCCCGACCCAUCGACACGACGAACUACUUCACCACGCCUAACCAGGCUUUGUUGAUUCCUCAUACCAGCCAGCCCACAGGUAACGAGGAACCGUUAGACCUUUCCAAAGCCAAGGCUGACGCACCCGACAACGCGAACGGGAGCUCCACGAAGAGGAAGCGGACCCACAUUCACAACCCGCUGUACCCCGUCACAGAGAGCUCGUACAGCGCCUACGCGGUGAUGCUCCUCUCGCUGAUUGUCUUCGCCAUCGGGAUCAUCGGGAACCUGUCUGUGAUGUGCAUCGUCUGGCAUAACUACUACUUGAAGAGCGCCUGGAACUCCAUCCUCGCCAGCCUGGCGUUCUGGGACUUCGUGGUCCUGUUCUUCUGCCUGCCGGUGGUGAUCUUCAACGAGCUCACCAAAACCAGGCCCCUGGGAGAUGCGUCGUGCAGGAUUGUGCCUUACCUGGAGGUGACCUCGCUGGGCGUGACCACCUUCAGUCUGUGUGCGCUGGGAAUAGACCGCUUCCACGCCGCCACCAGCACCCAGCCCAAGUCUCGCCCCAUUGAGCCAUGCCGGACCAUCUUUGCCAAGCUGGCUGUCAUCUGGGUGGGGUCCAUGAUCUUGGCGGUGCCCGAGGUGCUCCUGUGGCAGCUCAGCCAGGACCCAUCCCCCCUGACAGGCGUGUUGGUGGACUCCUGCACCAUGAAGCCCUCCGUCAACCUCCCCGAGUCCAUCUACUCCCUGGUGCUGACCUACCAUGAUGCCCGCAUGUGGUGGUACUUUGGCUGCUACUUCUGCCUGCCGAUCCUCUUCACCCUGGCCUGCCAGCUGAUCACCCGCAGGAUCCGGGGGCCAGGGGGCAAGAAGCCGGAGGGCAGGGGUUCCCCGAAAAAACAACACGCGCAGUGCGACAGCCAGCUCAACUGCACCGUGGUGGGGCUGGCCGUCAUCUACGGGGCCUGCACCCUCCCUGAGAACAUCUCCAACAUCGUCCUGGCCUACCUGUCGGGGGAGGUGCCCCGCUCCACCAGCGAGCUGCUCGGCCUCAUCGACCACUUCUUUCUGUUCUUCAAGUCGUCCGUGACGCCGGUGCUGCUGCUGUGUGUCUGCAAGCCUCUGGGACAAGCCUUCAUGGACUGCUGCUGCUGCUGCUGCGAGGACUGUGGCCCCGACUCCUCACCAGGAGAGGGGCCCGACAGCAAGCUCAGCACCACCGAGAUGUCCUCCUCCAUCUUCUUCGACAAGCCCAAGGGGGCCUCCUCCAUCCUGGCCAUCGGGACUCCCUGUUAACUGUUCAUAGGGAUCAUCUAGAGGGUCGUACCGGAGCCCGCACCCCCCUGAUAUUCGCAGCCUACCUUACAAAGUCAAGCAUGGCAGCCCUUGUUAACUGAGCAUACAGAAAGAGAGGAAUUAGCAAGGGUGUGAAGAGAGCAGAAGGAAGUCCAGUGCAGAUUCCUCGCUGCCACACCACAAUUACAGACAGUUCUUGAGUUUGACAGAUCUGGCCCAUGGACAGGUAUAAUCUUUCCCCCAGUAGUCUAGUAAGCAAGCUGUGUUUUAGGCACCUUUAGUAGCUUAACGUUAUCAACUGAUGUUUAUAACCUCCCGCUGCUGCAAGUAGAGCAGGGAUAAGGGUCUGUUUGAAUGAGAUGAGCAGCAGCAGCAGAUCUACAUGCUGCCCCACUGCCUUCCAAGUCGUCCCCCUUAUUAUUAAUGGGAUCAUCAGACACAGGGGAGAGAUGUUACCUGCAAUAUCUACAUGCUUGUGCCGUUAUGAUUUGCAAUCCUGAUCGCAGAACUUUUUUGUAGUUGGUUGGAACGGAGGACGGUGUGAUAGUUAAACAGUGCAGAUAAUUGUUUUUUUCUCUGGACAUGUUGUGGUUAUAGGAGAGAGUUGUAGUGUUUUUCGUUAAUAAUAAAAGCAGGUUUACUUUAAUAGUUCUUUAUAUUAACAUGACAGUAACUACCAGUAAUGCCAGUUUGUAACGGUCUGUUCUUUCCUUUCCUCCAUCCUAACCUAUUCAUUAUAAACGUCUAUUACACAAGAACAGAAGAAUCUGUUCAAUAUUUCAAAGACUAAGAGAAAUGACACACAACUAACCUCAAUAUUACCAGUUAAUAUACCAGGAUCUUUUUUGGGUAACGAUUAAAAAAAAAAAAAAGACAUAUAUUCAUAUUUAAAGUGCGUGCUACAUAUUUAAAUACAUAUACAUUUAG